AUGCCUCCCAUGUUUAAGCCACGCGCCCCGUCCCGCCAUAGCGCGCGCCCUGCCUCGCCUCGUCGCGUCGUCGCGCGCGCGCAUUCUGCCCUCCGCCGUCGUGCUCGCUGGCUCUGCCCGCCACCGUCACGCGCGCGCACGCCCUUUUCGUCGUCGUCGCGCGUGCGCUCUGCCCACCGCUGCAACUCUCCCCGCCGCCCAGCCUCACCUUCCCACGGCCGCCCUCCCUUACCUCCUCACCUUCUUAUGGUCGCCCUCCCUUACCUCCUCCCCUUCUCACGGCCACCUACCCUUACCUCCUUGCCUUCUCACCCUCCUGCUCCUCUCUUCUCUCCUCCCUCUCCUUCGUGCCUCUCCUCCCUUCCUCCACCUCCCUCCCCUCCGCAUCUGCUGCAGCUGGCUGCUGGUUGCUGGUUGCCACUUCGUAACCAUGCUCCUCCCUCCCCACAAUCCACCCCUUCGUACCUCACCUCUUCCUCCCCCUCUCUCCUCUCCCCAUCUGCUGCAGCUGGUAGCUGA